AUGCCUGGAGUUCCCAUCGACGCCCUGGACAACCUCAAGUCCAAGUUCAAGGCCAUCUUCAAGAAGAAGGACGAGAAGAAGGCCGAGGCAAAGCCCGCCGAGGCCAAGCCUGCUGCGACGACCACCACGCCCGCUGCCACCGAGCCCACCAAGACUGAAGCUGCUCCCGCGGCUGCCCCGGCCACUGAGCCCGCUGCUGCUCCUGCUCCCGCUCCCGCUGCCGCUGCUGAGCCAGCCAAGGCCCCCGAGCCUGAGGCCAAGAAGGAGGAUGCUGCUCCUGCUACCACCGAGCCCGCCAAGGCUCCCGAGGCUGCUCCCGCCGCGCCCGCAGUCCCUGCCGUAGCCGCCGAGGCCCCCAAGGCCCCUGAGCCCGCCACUGCGCCCGCUCCCGCUGCUGCCCCUGCUGCCCCUGCUGCCCCGGCCGCCACCGAGCCCGCGAAGACGGAGGAGACUCCCGCACCCACCGCCCCGGCCGCCGCGCCCGCUGCUGCUGAGACCGCGCCCGCUGCUGCUGAGACCGCGCCCGCGCCCGCUGCCGCCGCUGCUCCGGCCGCCGCUGCCCCCACCGAGGCUGCCAAGCCCGAGGAGAAGAAGGAGGCCGCUGCCACCGCCUAGAUUGCGCCGUUGGAUUUCGGCUCCAAUGACUGGUUUCGGAAUCACAGUGUCAUCUGGUUGAAGAAGGACUAGACUCGACCAGAGGUCGUGGGACUUGGUUGGUAGAGGAGGGAGAGUGAUUGAUGCAAGCGAACCAACCCCGUAGCGUCAUAUUUCGAAAUGCUGCUCUCCACGAUGAUGACGAAACCACUCCAGUCACAGGAGGAGAAUAAGCGGCACAUACACACAUUUGGGGGUUUAGAUGGUUUCUUGCUUUCAGACCAUUGGUCUAAUCAUGUUCAUUUGCUUAAUUGUCGGAUACCCAUUAGUCGAGUAGUUGAAUCGAGCGUACUU